AUUACAAUUAUUAUUAUAAUGAUGUUUAUUUGCGAAAUUACUCGACCCGAAAAAACCUUUUUUUGGCACGAUAUCGUUUAAUUUAAUAUUAUUAUUAUUAUUUAACAUAGUAAUUUAUCGCAAAGUGUGUGUAUAUAUUGUAAUAUUACUACAAUUCGAUAGUCGCCGCCGCCGCCGCCGGUAAUAUGAUUGUACCGAAAAAAGACCUUUUGGUCUUGUUGAAACCCUAUUAUUGGGUGAACGUCAUGUUGACGUGUUCGUUUGUUUUCUGCAAGAAAAACGAUUACGUGUGCCGUCACCUGUUCGAGCCGACAGACACCUCGUGCGAACUGGACACGAAAGAAUUGGAAAUUUUGCUGUUCGUAAUGAUCGUCAUCAUGAUACGCACGAGGAAGGCCGGCAGCGUGACGAUGGUCGAUUAUUUGUCGUCCAGCUUCAUAUACACCAAGACGGCCAACUUGUUGUUGUGGUUUUUCGCGGACGCCCGAUACGGAUUGAUUUACUCCGCUUUGGUCAUCAUCAUAACUUUCGUGCUGCCCGCGCCCACGUAUUCGGGCCCCGAAAACGUCGUGUACUUCCGGUCGCUGGCCAGCCUGGAGGAAACGCUCAGGGACGACAAGUACACCGUGUGGAUCGUUUGCUUCUACACGACGUGGAAUCCGUCGUGCGCGAAUUUCGCGCCGAUAUUUUCGCAAUUGUCCGUCGAGUACGACACAAAGUAUUUGAAAUUCGGCAAAAUCGACGUUAGCCGGUACCCGGACGCCGCACAAAAGUUCAACAUAAACGACACGUCGUUCAGCCGUCAACUGCCCACCGUGGUGCUGUUCAAGAACGGCUUGGAGUCGGUGCGACGACCGGUGUUCGACGCCAAAGGCAAAGUGUACAAGUUCUUUUUCACCGAGUCCAAUUUCAAAGCCGUUUUCGAUAUGAACAACGUGUACGCGGAUUGUAAGAAAACGCUGGACAAGAAAAAGAACGAAGGGGCCGAAAAAACAAAAUCCGAUAAAAAAAAGAAAACUUCAUAGUCUCUCUCUCUCUCACUUGUCGAAACAAAUUUUAUCGAAAACUAGACUAACAUUUUUUUUUUUCUUAAUAUUUUUCAAGUGUGCCCCGUCCGUAUUUACUAUUUUUUUUUUUUUGCGCAACCACAACGAUGUAUUAUUUAUGUCGUGUAUUCUUUAUUACGUAGCCGCGCAAAAGAUACAAUAAUAUGUGUGUGUUUUUUUUUUUUAUUAUACAUUUUGAGAUCUUUUUUCCCUUUACAAAACUGUAAAGUCGUGGAAACAACUAACGAAUCUAGUCAUUAAUAUUAGACAUUUCGCUUAAAUUACAUUUUAUAUGCGUCCAAGCGCAUUAUUGGUUUUUUUUUUUUUUUAAUUAACUAAUAUA